GGUUGCUUUCAUCUCGGACGUGUUUUCGUUUCCGUUGUUUGUGUUUUUUGGUUUGUUGGGCAUUCACUCAUGUUCAUCAAGCUAGCAUUGUAAAGAAAAUCAUGGACGAGAAUAGAGUAGAGAACCGUGUGCAUACUGGUAAAGAGGGUCAAAGUGUCGAGCGUGGUCGUGAGCCGCUUUCGGGUCGAGCACCUUUUUCUGUUGUUAAUGGCGAGGCCAAUAUAGCUGCAGGAGCCACGGAGUGCCCUCAAAAGAGUUCAAGUGCCUGUAGUCGGGCUAGCAGUCCCGCAAGAGCGGUCUCCCCACACCGCUCAAAACGCAAACUGGUCUUUAUUCAAGGCUACAACAAGCGAGUGGUCCGACGUCGCUUUCGGACCACAAAGGAGCAACUGUCCAUCCUCAAUGAAUUCUUUACCCACACCGAAAUACCCACUAGGGACGAGAAAAGGGCCUUGGCGGAACGAUUGGGCAUGGCGGAGCGGCAGGUUCAGGUUUGGUUCCAGAAUCGACGUGCGGCGAAAAAGACGAGUCCGAGGUCACUGGAGCGGAGCAUGUCACCUGCCACGAGUCCUUCCUUGAAACCCACCAGUAUGUCUGGUGUCUCUCCUAAAAUGCUUGUACUGGAUUCUCCACCGCGGAAACCUCCACGCGCUGUGAAGCCUGUCCCACCACCGGCACCGACCCAUCGCACAGCAUUGUCUCCCAUCAAUCUCGACAGUCCCCCACGACCCUCAGAUCCCAUCCUUGUCUCCAGCCCUACCCCCAAACCCUCGAAACCCUCCGCAGUAAUCUUGCUUGACAGCCCACCCCGACCGCCCACAUCCAUCGUCCUUGACACACCGACCAAACCCACCACAGUCUCCGAGCUCUUUUCCCCCUCCGAUCUAACCACCCCCGAUAUCAGCCAUGAACUCACAUCUGAUGCGACUUCCCGUGAAAGCGAUUGGACCUUUGUCGAUAACACACACAAGUCCCUUCGUCCACGAAAACGCAAGGCCACGACAGUCGAUCACACGCCACGUUCUAAACGCCGAAAAGACGACACCGUGAUUAGUUUGUUGAGUUCACCCCUUGCGAGUCCAAAGGAACCAACAUUUGAAUUGGACCAACAAGACUGGACAGCUAUUUUUGAUAGUUUUGUUCGUGCUGAACCUUCCACUGACCUCCCCACUGACCUCCCCACUGAAUCAUACACAUCACAUACGGAACCGCCUACGGAAUCAACGACAGAACUACCCACUGAAUCCAUAACGGAAUCAACUACAGAACUAUCUACGGAGCCACCUACGGAACCUCUUACGGAAGCACUAGACUGGUCCACCCUCCUCACAUCCCCCUUCCCAACCGACCCACCAACAGAUUUGGACCAACUCUUGACGGAAUUGGAUCAAACUCCCACGUCACCUACCUUGCUCCAACAAGCACUUGAAAUGGAGAUGGGAUCUUUUGUUGGUGGGUCUUUUGAUUUUUCGGAUAUUUUGGGUGAGUGUGAUGGGUUCGGUGGUGAACCGGGUGAAGGGGCGGGUGAUGGGGGGAAACGAGGUCUUGGUGCAAGUGGUGGGAUGGAGGAUUUGGAAGAUUCUUUGCAGGGGCUUUUUGCUUUUGAGACUUUUUGAAAUUUGUAUUUUGUGCGUUUGUGGAUUUGGGGGUUUUGUAAAAGCUUUCUUUUUUUUUUUUUUGUAAAGUGUAUGUAAUGUGCAGUUACUAUCAAGGGG